CACCUUGUGCAUAGAAGCCUUCCACUGCAGCCUUCACUGUUGUGGUCUUCAGCCCCAUCAUCAUCUUAAUCAUCUUCAUCAUCUCCAUCAGAUCCAGAUCCAUCCUGAGUCAUGAGGGCUGCGUCCAUCCUUCUGCUGUGCAUCCUGGGAGCUGCUCUGCUGUCCUCAGUGAACUGCAGCAACGCCAACAGUCCGUCUGAAUGCUGCUUCACCUGGUACCCAAGAAGAAUAAACAAAAGACAAGUCGUCUCCUACUACCUGACCGGUGAUCGGUGUACGAAGAUCGGAGUCAUUUUUGUGACAGCCAAGGCACGCCACAUCUGCGUGAACCCAAACCUGUCCUGGGUGGAGGGCAUCAUGAAGAACCUGGACGAGAGCUCCUUUUAAAACUGCAAAAAUCCAACAUGCACUGCAGCUUUUUAGCACUUCUUUGAGUCAUAUACAUGGUUCAAAAUUUAUAUAUAUUAAAAAAGAAAGUGCUUUAGAUGGAGUCCUUUUGAGCAGAUCUUGUUUUGUUUUUUUUAUCUUCUGUAUUUUUUAUGCUUUGUAAUAUCGAACAGUGUAAACCUCAGAUGUAUACAAUAAAUACAAACUUUGA